AUGAAGCCCAUUAGAAAAUAUAAUGAAAAUAAAGUUACUUACCAAGAACUAAAAAGGCCAACUAUUAAGAAAACUAUUGUUAAACAAUCACAAAAUACUAAAGUUGCAGGAUGUUAUUUAGAUCAAACAAUAUUGAAGGAGCAACAGAAGGGAAAUGAGAUUUUAACAGAUUCUGAUGAUGGAAAAUUUGUAAAUACAGACUUAAGAGGCGGGAAGGACAUUGUUUGUGAAAAAGAUCAAAAUGAGAAGAAGAAUAUUUUAACUAGAAAGUCUUUUAUUAAAAGAUCUUCUUAUUUUAGAAAAGACCGAGGAAAAGUUGCCGAUGCUGAUGUGGAAUCAAGGAAUGAAGAAGAUUCUACAUUACUACAUGGUUUGCUGUUUGUCAAUGAAGCACGAGGUUUAGAACCUCAAUUAUUACCACAAUCUUAUUGUCUUGUAAAUCGUGGCCUGUGUCCUGGAACUGGUGGUUCAAGUAAAAACAUAAUGUGUGAUGGAAAAUAUUUUCAAUAUUUAGAGACUUUUCCAUUACUUUGUAAUAAAGCAUUAAUGGAAAGAUGUCACAGUGGACAUCUGAUUAUAGAAAUUUGGUUGAAAGGACCAGGUCCCGCACAAAAAUUGGUGGGAGUAGCUAGUCUGCCUUUACAUGCAUUCUUUGUGGCGUACCAUGAUGCUAAUAUGGUACGAUAUUUGGAGAAAGUCAAGUUACCUGUUAUUUCUGUGGAUGGAUGGAUACCUCUGCUAUCACCAAUAUCUGGUACGGUUUCUGGAGAAAUUCAAGCUUUAUUAGCCAUUGGUACAGAAAAGCAACUAGAAGAAUUAAGAACGUCUAGAAAUUUAAAACCAGAUAUUGUUCAAAUGUUAGAUGAUUCUCUAAAUUCACCUCAUCAAAAGCAUCAUUCAAAAUCUAACAAAAAAUCUUCUAAGCAUGAGAAGAAACAUUCGAAAGUUUUAAGUUGCACUAUAGGUGUAAACACGUCACCUAUAGUAGUUAGGCAGUUUGCUACUAGUAUAUCUGACAUUAACUCCGAGUUUCCUCAAUCAUCAUCUACAAAUGAGGAAGUAAAUCAAAAAAAUUAUAAUACAGUAUAUACCCAAACAACAACUGAUGCUAAUAUGCCAACUGUUCUAGAGGAAUCAGUGAAAAGUGCUCCAAGGUUGAAACAGACUUCAGAUCUUUUAGCAGAAUUGCAAAGAGCUUUAGAGCAUGUACCUCAGGCUUUUGCUGCUGGUUCAGAUGACGGAAUGAAUCAAAGAUCAAGUGAUAAUAAUGUAACUGAAAAUCAUGCUGAUGGUCUUGUUGAAAAUGAAUUAAAUGAAGUAUAUGAAGUUGAUGAAACAAGAAGUAGUGAGUCUAUUGAGUGUUUUAAGGCAUCGAUAGAAGUGGAACAAGCUUUGCGUUUGGCUGUGAUUACUUCAACCACCAAAAAGUGUCAUAAGCGAAGCAAGUGCAAAACUAAAGUGAAAACUACUGAAAUUGCACCCAGUACGUAUGUAACGUUUCCUGCCAUAGUUUGUAGAAGUUGCUCUAUGGUGCAAGCACCAGAAGGACCAGUAGUAGCAACUAAUGUAGUUCCCAAUACAUGUAAUCCAACUUGGAAGCAGAAGUUUGAUGUUGCCUUACCUGUGGAUCUACUUAAAACGGAUCCAAAGCAGUUGGUGUUCAAAAUUUGGCGUAAAAGAGGAUCAAACACAAAUAUCGAUUUAAAUGCAGUGCCAGUAUCAGAUGUAGUUAUUGGUUUUGCAGUUGUUGAUUUGUCCACUUUGCUUUCUGGUCUUCCAUCUAUUUGUGGCUGGUUCAAUAUCACCGACGUCGGAAACCGAUGCAAUGGCCAAAUAAAGAUAAGCAUCACCCCAUUAGAAAAUCUUGAUAAAUUCAUCAAUGAUUCAUCAUUUUGUUGUAGUGAUAAUGAUACUAUUCAUAGUUUCAAUUCCUCUAAUGAUGACAAGGUAACAUUAGUUAGACUAACAAAAUCCAAAGAGAAAAUGAUGGAAAUGCUAGAAACAGCAAAAUCUAAAUUAUAUGGAUUUGAUCAAUCUGAGUGCAUGGAUAUAAAUGAAACAAGCGCACAUGAGGUUGAAGUAGAUCAUAAUAUUAAUAUUGGACAAGUGGCUACUAACAACGCAGAUGUGAAUUCGAAUAUGGGAAGUGGAUCGCCCAGUUUUAGAUUAUCAAGUAAUCCUUGUGACAAUGAAUAUCAGCAAAAUCAACAAAAUGUAACGCCCAAUAUAUAUUCUAAUUUUUAUCAUAAUACUAUAAAUGAGCAUUAUUCAUACCAAACUGUUCCAAGGCCAGAAGACGCUGUUUCGUCUAUGAACCAAUCAAUAAUAACAGAUAUACUAAAUCAUAAUCCUAACCAAGGGGAAAUAGAUGAUGAUACUUUAAAUACUACUUCUUUAAGCCGAGUUUUAAAGAGAAAGUUUACAGAAUUACAUGAGAUUACUCAAAGACUUCGGUCCCGAUUGUUAGAUGUAACAAAAGAUGAUGAUGAUGAAUUUGAAAGGGAUCUUAAUACCGUUAGCGAUGAAAAAGAAUAUGGUAUUAGGCCUGAAGAUUUUGAAUCCUUAGCUAAAGCAGUACCAGAUACACCUCAUGAAAAUGAAAUGCCAGAGGAUGAAAACAAAUUUGAGAAUUUAGCAAACAACUACCAAAAUUUAUUAGCAGUAAAACAAAGUUAUGUUCAGAAAAGUGUAGAUGAGAUAGAUGUGGAUGCUAUCCAGAAAGAAUUAGCUGCAAAUAGAGACAUAUUGUCACAAAGAAAGUGCAACAUAAAUUCUUUGUUGCAAAAAUUGACUUUACUUACAAAUCCUCUUGAUAAUCCACCACCUGAGAAGCAUGUGAAAUUUAAUAGUGAUGUUGAAGUACUUCAUAAUGAAUCCAGCAAUAUAUUUGAACUUAUACCUGGAUCAGAAUUUAAUGCCGAAUCUCAAUCUAUGCAACAUAGUCCUGAAGAUGAUAGUUCUAUAGAAUCUGAAAGCACAAGCAAAUCUGGGUCCUAUCAGUGUAAAUCUCCAGAAGAAUUGGAAACUGUUGAUCAAUUUGAAGAAAAUUUAAAUCAUUCAGGAAAAUUCCAUAGCAGUUCCCAAUAUAAAUAUUCAUCUGAACAAUAUGCUGAUUCUAGAUUCAAUGGUUCCAGUUUUCCACGAGUAGCAAGUGCAGGAAUACUUAAACAUCCUUCUUUUGAAAGAAGAAAUGAAGUCAUUAUGGAUCGAGUUUCUGCUCCUGAAACGAAUUCAGUACAAAAUUCUUCUGAUGAGGCCGAAGAAGAACAAUCAACAUCCAGGACUGUUGAUUUAGAUGUACGGGAUGUUAUUACAAAUAUUCUCAAGAUUACAGAAAUGUGUCCUAAUAUCAGUAAAGAUACAGGUUUAGAAGAUGUUUCAUCAAGAAAAUCAAACUCUAGUACAGAUGAAGGUGAGAAAAAAGAUCAGGAUACCACAGGUAUUUAUAGUGAUUUUUGUGAUUCGUGA